UGCGGGCGCCGGAGGGGAAAGGAAGGCGAGCCUGGCCGGUGCCGUCGCCGCGUUGUUGCUGCCGCCGUUCCGGCCGAGCGACGAGGGGAGGGGGUCGGCGAGCCCGAGGCAGGCAGAGAAGGGGCAAAAUGGCGGCGACCGCCCAGGUGUGCGAGAACAUCCAGAUGCUGCUGGAGGCCGCCGAGUUCCUCGAGCGGAGAGAGCGAGAAGCUGAGCAUGGCUAUGCAUCCAUGUUACCCUACAACACCAAGGACAGAGAGGCCUUAAAACGAAGAAACAAAUCCAAGAAGAACAGCAGUAGCAGCAGGUCAACACAUAAUGAAAUGGAAAAGAACAGACGUGCUCAUCUGCGCCUAUGCCUGGAGAAGCUGAAAGGGCUGGUGCCCCUUGGACCGGAAUCCAGCAGGCAUACUACACUGAGUUUACUAACAAAGGCUAAAUUGCACAUAAAGAAACUUGAAGACUAUGACAGGAAAGCCGUACACCAAAUAGAUCAGUUGCAACGAGAGCAACGGCAUCUGAAAAGGCAGCUAGAGAAACUGGGCAUCGAGCGCAUCCGCAUGGACAGUAUAGGGUCAACGGUUUCUUCCGAACGGUCAGAUUCGGAUAGAGAAGAAAUCGAUGUGGAUGUGGAAAGCACAGACUAUCUAACAGGAGACCUUGACUGGAGCAGCAGCAGCAGCCCAAGCGAUUCGGAUGAAAGGGGGAGCUUGCAGAGCGUCUGCAGCGAUGAGGGCUAUUCGAGUGCAGGCAUCAAGAGAAUAAAGCUGCAGAACAAUCUGAAGGCCUGCCUCAGCCUCUAAGGAGCCAGGAGCUUCCCCGCCAUCCAUCGCUGUUUCCUUGUUGGAUCUUACUAGGUAGUAUGUUGGACCGUCCCACAAUUCUUGCACGUGAACCUCUUUUCCACCAACAUUACCAAAAUCUGCUUUGCCUAAAGUCUCUAAACAGUGCAUAGGGUUGUGGGUUACAAGCUACUCUCUGGAGCACACCUCUGAUGGCAUCCACUAGCUUCUCUUUUCCGUCUGUGAACUCAUCUCUGUGAGACUGAACAUUCCAACCAGAUUUCUCAGCACCCAAGAAUAUUGUUGCAGUAGCAGUGAGACACACACGUUUGCCUGUGCUGCUCUUGCCUCAUAUUCUAGACGUACCUUUUCAUCCAGGGGGGUGGAAGGGAGGGAGGGAAGGUUGUGACAUAAAUAGCCCGGCUAGCCACUGGUCCUCAAACGGGACCUGCAGAAGGAUUGCUGCUCGUCAUUCAGAGCCGACAUUUGGCAUAACAGACGUACCAGGUAAAGUAAGUUUCUUUUAGAGACUUCGCACAGUGGAACAGUCCAGCCACUGCCUGGGAGUUAUUCUGAAGUCUCCCAAGUCAUUGCAGUUGUAACAUCACGUCUCAGAGGCACUCCUCAUGCUGAUAGCACUGACUCACAGCUCCCUGUGCGUUCUGAACACUGAGCCCAUCCUUCUCAGUGGCCAGGGCUGAGUUGGAGGCAGGGGGCCAUCAGACCAAAACUUAGCUAAGCAGAAAUAGAGUAAGAAUAGAAUCAUGCUGGAGGCUCUAAAUUGGGGGGAGGGGGGGAUAAUUCACUCUUAGCUGAUGGCCCCAGUAAAAACGCACUCACUCACACACCUCUUGAUAUCUUUCUGUCAGAAGACCAAAUACUAAUCCUGUGCAAUCCUUAGAAUGUCUGUACAUUAACAGCUGCAUUUCCUGUUUGUUCCUUGCAGCUUUUUUAGCUGCCAAGUCCUGCUUCUUGUCUCUGGGACAAUUCUUUCUACCUCAGAGAGAUGAACAAAGCUGAUCUCAAUCCCUUUAGCACAAAAACAUGCCUCAUUUGUAUACUUGGUUCUAGUCCAAUCUGUUUACUUAAAGAUUCAGCAAUAACUGAGUGACAGAGUUAGCUGUGCUAACUGCAAGUUAGUGAUGGAGAAGACUGCAUUAAAGUAAUUCUGUGGUGCCGUCUUGGCAUUCUAGUAUUUCCUUGCCUAUUUAAAUUAUUUGGCAGCCCUCUCAAAGUGGCUUCUUUGUGGAUUUUGGGUUUUGGACGCUUAAAACUUGCAUCUCCCCCCCCCCAACACAC